AGCUGGACAAUCGUGUGUUGUGUUAUUUUGAAUUAGACGUAGCAGGGGGGGGACCAAUAGAAGUGGCUGGUUAGCUUGCUGUUGUGUGGAAUGAAUAUGAAUUCGGAGCAGUGAGUGGUGGCAGAUGCGGAAAAAGUGAUCCAUAGAAGAGAUGGAACGGACGGCCGUACACCUCCUAAACGACCUAUAGCAGGUGGGCAACUGCGUGGUUCUUAGUCAUUAGUUGAACCAUUUAAUAUUACCCUUGUGGACAAGUGCCCGACUGAGCCAGGCGUUGUUUUGUUGUCCCAGUUCCGAGCAGUGCGGGUUAAACAGACGCCCAUCGCAAGACUACCGAGGGACAGCGGCAAGAAAGACGGUUGAUUUCUUGCUGCCCCCGGUAACGCGGCAGCAGAUUCGAUGCUUUCGUCUCCACAUAAGGAAGCUUUACAAUCACCACAAUCAAAAAAAAUCCGCAGACAAUUUUUUGUUUGACAACGUCACAAUUCGCAAUCAUGCAUUCUAUUUGGUGAAGGAUUAUUAACAUUAUCGCUUUUAAUGCUCGCAUCAAGUGCUUCUAGGACAAAAAGAUCAGUGAUCCUCAAUUAAGCUAUUAAAAUGUACGGAGCCUGGAACGAACUUCGGGUCUGCGAGGAAGCUCGCGAACGCAGCGCUUCUGUUCUACAGAAAUUUCCGACAGCGUCAAGUGGAGCUGUCGUCCAUGCGGUUGUACAAAGUCUUGCACAGUCGCUUGGGCUAAGCUCUGGACAACCGGAACCUAGCUCCCUCAUUACUGAUGUUGAGGUAAACUGGUGCAUGGAAGUUAUGUGUUACGGGCUGCGCUUACCUCUAAAGGAACACGAAGCAAUUAAGAACUGCGUUCACGUUUAUUGUGAAUGGCUUGUCUCCCUUAUACCCGAACAGGCAAAGAUCUGUGUUCCUCGUCCGGUGAUGUCUGAUGCAAAUCAUUAUUCGCGUCGCAUCCUUCGACAUCUCUAUAACCUGUUUUCGCCGAGACCUCAUGAUCCGCUGACAGCAGACGUCGCUUCUCGCCAAGCUGUACUUUGCCAUCGAGUUCUUCGUACUGUUCAAAUGGUGGCCACUCGAAGUCCCGUGCUUGAAAGCGAUACCUGGCAAGAAAUACUUUCUUUUCUUCUGGCCAUUAACGACACACUUCUUUCCGAUAGACAGGCGAAAGAUGACGAUAUCGAAGCCCACUUGUGUGAGCGUCUCCUGGGGGUUUUGUUUCAGGUUUGGUUGAUGGCGUGUUAUCGAUCAUUCUUUCCUUCGCCGUCGUACUGGAAAACCCUUCAGUGCCUCUGUCUUCGAUGGAGACAUCGACAGAUCGUUGUCGAACAAUGGAAAAAAAUUCAGCUUAUCAUGACAGCGAAAUUGUGUAGAGAGCUAGUUGACCCUGAUUGCCCCGAUGUCAAAAUUGAGGAUGGCGACAAGGAACUGGUUCCAGCCGAGAUGCGUGGCGAGCGUCUGGGUCAGGCUUGGUACCGAAUGUUGCAUACUUUGGGCGACCCGGCCCUGGUGGCGCGAGAUGCCAAUUCGUUGAACGGCACGCUGACGCACAAUAUGAACGAAGUGCAUGACAACCAGGCACAAAUUUUCUACAAAGCCAUAGCCGCCGUGUCUGCUUUUGUCGACGUCUGGCUUGGUCGCUACGUUGAAGAUAAUGCCUAUAAAUUAAUCGUACCCUCUGUUAGUCUAUCAGCCAAUAACAGCCAAACGUCUUCAGCCAUCGGCUCAUCGAGUACCACAACGAUUUCCACGACACCACCGGCACAGCGCAAGAACAAGCCGAAAACUGGGCAAAAAUUGCACAUUCCUCAACUCAUCACACAGCAUAAACCACAAACACCCGUAUCGCCUGUCGUAACCCCAACGGGAAGUUCACCACUUCCUCCGUUUCCAAUAGAGAGACCGGCGGAAAGGUUCAACACAACUAUUCAUGUCGUACGUCGAUUAACGUUGCGCCCAUUACGCCCGUCAGUGAACUCUUUGCUUCAUUUGUACGGUACGUGGUUAUUCGAGUCGUCCAUGAUAACCGAUAGCGAGGGUGCAUUUGUCGAGUCUGAGACGGAAUCUCUGCAAAGUCACUCAAGUCAACCAGACGGCACUGUGCACAAUUCGUCCACCAAAUCGAUGUCUGAUAGCGACUCCAUAUAUGAUACGCAUAUGGGCUUGCAGAGCUGGUCACUGGAAUGGGGCCAGGCUGAGGCAAUGGGGACGUUAUGCAAGAUUCUUGGAUCAAAAACUUCGGAUGAGGAGGUGCUUAGCGUCUAUCUUGCACGGUUUUUCCUAGCGAUAAAACAGGGACUGGCAGGACAAUCACCACAGGAUCCGCCAAGCGCGAUUACAUGCAGUAUCGUAGCGAAUUCAGCAGAUCUUUUUAAGUGUGAUUUGGAGAGUGCGGCGUUGCUGGUGCCUUCGUUUGUAGCGGCCAUUGAGAAUGUACUUAGUCCGCCGCACGUGCGGUCCGGAUAUAGUCAUCUGCCUCCAACGCCCAUAGCGGAGAACCUGCUCCAUAAUUCAGCGAUUUCCAUUCUGCUUAGUUUGCUUCCUCUAACUUUACAUAGUAACUCGCUCCUCGUUCGAGAUCAGGCAAAUCGGCAGGUGUCGUUGAGCUCAUUUCGCGCACGUCUACUUCGGCUGUUACUCGUGUCUUUAAACGCCGAAGUGGACUCUCUCAACGUACAAACGCUAUUACAAGGGCUUAUGUGCGCGGUCCUUGACCAGGUCGAGUACGAACGCUGCGCGGCUCUCGAUCCAUCAUUAGAUAGCACCAACGUAACGAUCGAAGAUCCAGUAUUUCAAGACACACACCUCUUACUUUUAGCCAUUAAGACAGUCUGUCAAAAUCUCAGUUCGUCAUGGAGAAACGAUGCUGCUAUUGUCUUUUCAGCACUUGAAGUGCUUACGGUGUUCGCGCGGCUUCAUAUCACUGAAUUUGCUAGCCACAACUAUCGAGAAUACCGUCAAUGCGUCGGCUGGCUUUGCGAAUUGAUCGUUUGGCAAAGCCAUCGCCCUACUAGGGAUCAUUCGAAAGAGUUGCAUUCGACAAUCGUAGCAGCAUUUUCCUGCCUUACACUUUGGCUUGUGGAGCAUUCGACCCUCUUCUGCGAGCAGGAUACCAUACAUCAGGUUAUGGAAGUUGUGGAGUUAGGCAUAUCGGGCGCUAAGAGUCAACCCAAGCCUUCGGACAUUCCUAUAUUGAAGCAGAACAAAGAACGAAAGCCACUAUCGAAGCGAGUCCUCCAAGCUGCUGAGGCAGUACUCUCGGCACUUAUGGAUCAUGUUGGCUAUUUUCCAAAUGCUGCAGGACCAGAGUGUCCAGUUAGUUCUCUGUUGGAUGAACAAGCGCUAUUGAAAGAUAGACCAGGCGCAAGAUUCCGCUAUUUCUACACGCAAAGUUCAGCGAUUGUCGGAGUUCUCGAGGACCCAAUUCAUGCCCCUCCUACGAGCAAUCCGAGUCUUACAUUACUGGUGCGCGCACCUUUUGGCCGGCAUGUUUGGGCUAUGCAGCUAAGCAACGUGCCCCAAUCCAAAAUGUCUUUAUUGAAUCAGGGCCCCGUGCAGCAUCGGGGCCCGCCAGGAGCCCCUAUGGUACUGCCUAGAUAUCAGAUGACACUACCGAAUAAGGAACAGUUGGCAAGUCUUCAAAAGAAAUUGCCGUCCUACUUUCCGCUUAAGUGCGCAGAAAUCCCGCCAUGUGUUAUCGAGAAGAGUAUCGUGCCUGAUCCUUGGAAUAUGCCUGAUAACACGAUUAGCAACAAGUUACUGAACCUCGUCGAAGCACAAGUAAAACUAGAAGCUUCGUGUCGGCGUGAAGCUGCCCAGCGGCCCACGGAAAGACCUUGUCGACCCCCGGCUAAUCAGACAGCUUUCCAGACUGCUCGACUUUUCCUCAUGCACUUCGGCUUUCUUAAUCCGCAUGAUGAAGCUGUUAAGCCCUCGCAAUCCUUGCUUCCUUUGAUUGACUCCGAGGAGCCCUCACUUAUGACCCAACUGGAAACACUCGACCAGAUGUCUGCGCGAAGUUCCGACACCGUACACAUAUUCUAUGUUCGUCGAAGACAGACUAUUCCAGAAGACAUAGUGGCGAACUCGCGAAAUGCAAACUUUGUUCACCCGCUCUAUCUGGAGUUUUUACGCUCACUAGGCUGGCCUGUUGAUGUAGCUAUGCACAUCGGCUGGACGGGCAACGUAGAAACGUCCUGGAAGGUGUCUGGAGACAUGGGCUUGCUUGAUCUUCCGUCAAACCAUGGUGGCUCUCUUUACGACGGAACACAUCAAGUGCUCUAUUGGGCAGACGUUCUUUCGGAAAUGGCCUUUGUGGUACCUAGCCUGUCGGCAAUUGGCGUUAAAAAGUCUCCAUCCCCUGAAAAAGACAAAAGCUCUUUUAUUCCGGAAGGUGGAACCUCCAGGAAACGUCAGCCACCAGAGAAACCUCUAAGGUCAAACAUGACGCUGAACCUAGACAAGACAGGAAAGAACAGCACCUCCAGACAUUUGGUAACAGCUCCAUUCGAAGUCAAAGUGAUGGUCGUUUGGUUGGAAAGCUUUGAAGAUCAUAGUCGCUUUCCGACUGAGGGGUUGCUCCCAUACACCGAUACGACAGGUCUGGCACACCAGGGAGCGGGACCAAGCCAGCGGGGCGCCGAUGUUCUCUUGAUUUUUGUUACGCCUUUGCAGAGCGGUCUUUUUCGUCUCAAGGUGGAGUGUCGUUCAGGAAACAGAACCUCUGCGGUACCCUUGCCUGCUCUCGACGGCCAACUAAUAAGCAGACGAACGUUAGGUGCCGUUGUUCGUAAUGUCGCUCUAAACCUCUGCAGAAGGAAGCGACUUGACGCCGAUCCUGAGUCGUGUCCAGCGCCACAUGUGAAGAGGCGUACUAAGAUCCAGGAAAUCGGUAGUAAGUAUGCCAAAGAGAUGGCCGCACCGGAGUUCUACGCAUCGCUUUUCGAGCGAUUACCAACUAAGGCCCCAGCAGCCCCGUCGGGCGGAAACCUAGCCAUCAGUGGUAGUAGAAAUGAUCAGUCGUGAGCUGCAAAAAAUAAGUAGAAGAAUGGGUUCCCGGGAGAAAGGGGCGAGAACAUGGGUCUAUCUUAGCAUGAGUAAUACGCCUUUUUUUCGAAUGUGCCAAGGUCCGUCAGAUUGCAGUUGCCACCGAUAUAUCCAGGGGUAAUUGACGUUUUAGCUGCUUUCAAGAACAUUAGGACAGAUCAAAAGAGCUAUAUCUUGUAUGAAUAGUAUAGAGUCACUACAAAACGUGAACAUCCAGAUGACGCGGAAAUUUAAGAUAAAUGGUGGUCAGAUCUGAGCAUCAUGUUUCAGACUGAUUCCCUGUGUUCUCUGCUGGGUAGGUCCAUCGCACAAAUUCCCGACAAAUAGCCGUCAUCAUUUUUGCUCCUUUAAAUUUCAGAAAACCAGCCCGCAUACAAUACAGUGGAUUAAUGUCAAGAGAGAAUUUGAAAAAAUUAUAAAGGAAUAUAUAUGGAGAAAAGAAGCGACUCUCCUAUCAUAGGGAACGAAUUCCUAAAUGAAUUGAAACAAGCGCCUACCCACCGCGACAACCUUGUGAUCGAGCGAAAUGAAAAACUUACUAUAAUAAAAAGUUACUAUAAUAACUCCAACUGAAACGCUAGAGAUAGGACUCUCAGAUAGAACAAGAUAUUUCUACGAAUAUUUUAUCGCCAGCAGAACAUAAAAAUGUUAAGUGGAUGCCAUUUUCAUUCAAACGUAAAUCUUAUCAAAUAGGUAAAGAAGAAUUAAUGCUGCAAGCCAAAACUGCACAAUGAGGGGCAACAUGACCGUUUUCGGGUUUUCCGUUUUAGACAUACCUUUAUAGAAUUUUUUUUCGCCGAACGAUUCGAUAAACCGAACCCAGCCUCAAGCUGUAGUGAGCGUCUAAUUCAGAUAUUUUCCAUUAUUAUGGAUCCCGUUUAGUGAAUGUGCGUGUGAGUUAUAUAAUAAUAUAUGUGUGUUAUUACGGAAUGGCCGAUCAACAAGCAAACGAACACGUAACAUAGAUAGAUAUUGUUGAAAACCUGAUAUGAUAUCAAUGUAAUUUUUGUUUGUAAUUGCUAUUCGUAGAGGUUUAUUUCUUUUACAAAGCCAUGUGUUGAUGAUGAAAGUAGCAUAAUAUACAUUUUUUUUCAACGUUUUAGGUCCAGUCAAGUCUAAACCUAUAUAAAACGUGCUAGGGAUAUCAGAUGCGAACUUCCUUCCAGAGUCUUUGAGCUAAUUUCAUGUGCUUGGAACAAUGAAGUUGUCAGCUAAUGCAGUCAGUAGUUUUUGUUUAGCGGCUUGUAAUAUAUGUGAAAUUGGAUGUGUGUGUUGCAGUGGUUUAUUAUGUGAAGUACUUUUUAUACUAAUAUAUACCUAUAUGCAAUAUUGAAAGCAUAUAAUGUUAAAAAUACGUAUGUGACACACACGCAAUGAAUGAAUAGGUACAUCGGGAGCGGAUACAAGGAAAAGAAUAAAGCAAUAGAAAUGUAUGCGGCGUGCUCAACAUGAAAACGUGUCGGAACACACAGUCUUAUUACGAUAGUGACCACGCAUGCGAGCAAAAUGCUCAUUUGAACCAAGAUAGUAGUAAUAUAUCAUCGUAGUAUAUGUAUUAGCUUGCUACAGUAAGAUUAUACAUGACCAGGUAAUUAACAAAUACAAUUAAAUUAACCACAAUGAGUAAUCAAUUCUAUCUCGUCAUAUAUUUUAUUAUCUCUAUAUAUUAUUAUUAAAAAAUUAGUUCAUUGUUACGCUAUUCUUGGCAGGCAAAUGGUAAUGAAAACGAAAUUUUAGAACUGGUGGCGUUUUCCUUCCGCCAAAUUCGCGAAGAGUAUCUGUUCGUGUGUACUACAUGUUUAUUCUUUAGAAGUCUAGGACUUUUUAACGGGACUAGGUUAUUUGCGCAUAUUGUUGGGACUGGAACCUACUAAGAAGAAAAAGCCACCUGCCAAUGGCAGUCUAAAGAAAGUAUUAGAAAUUCUUAGUUUCUGCCAGCGAGACCUGCAUCCGAAAAUCAUAUUUGAGUUCGAUGUUGAUAAAAUAUACGUUACAUAAAAUACAUGUUUGAAAAAUAUGACAACGCAUGCAAGGAAACGAAUGCUAGUGCGGUUUAGGCGACAAGUAGUGGAAACUUCGUAAUCUAGAAAUGGAUCAGAACAGGAAGAUUUGAAAUACUUCGUUCGGCAUCUAUAUAACGUACAGUGCACAGAACGCCGCAGCGAUGAAGCAGAUAAAAGAGGCUGUGUGCCUCGAACGACUCACGCAGAGCGUGCCAAAGUACUUGACCAUGAUGGCAAUGAUCGCAAGAUAAGGCAGAAUCUAUUUCUAGUGUACAAGUAU